ACACCGACUUGCGCAACUGGGAUCGCCGGGAAGAGUGCAACUGGAGCGACGAUGAGGUGGCAAGGGUCGAGGCUGGCGUGCUGGUGAGCAGCUUCCUCCCCUGCAGCAUUGACGACGCCGCCUCUCUGUCUUGACCCCGAUCCUCACCUCGCGCGCAUCGCCAAUCUCAUGCUCAACGCCACGGCCGCUCCCUCUUCAUUACCAAGCUCACAUUCCUCGGGCACCACGCUCAUCCCUCUCGAUCACGCCUCGGCCUCCGCGCCCGUCGAGCCGGCGGCACCUGCGCAGGACGGGGAGCAAGAGGAGACGCAGCACGGCGGCGCGUUGAAACGCCGUGCGCCGGGCAACUCGACGGAGCUGGAGGAAGAGGCAAGGAAGAGGAGACGGAGAGAGGAGAUUAUGCGCUUCAUGGUGCGCUCCAGAGAGGCGGGCAAGGAGAUGGGCAAUCAGGGCGCAUUCAGAGCUGGCUUCGAGCGCAUCUCCUUCAUCGAAGGCUGGCGAGCGCGCAAGAUCGCGGCCGAGACGGCGGCUGCUGGCGGGCCCGUUGCGGCCAUCGCGGGCGCCAGUGGUCCUGCCGCCGCCGCGGCCGACGAGGCAGGCGAGACGAAGAAGCCCGCGAAGAAGAAGAAGAAGACGGCCAAGGAGAAGGCGGCGGCCGAAGAGGAGGCUGCGGCCGCCGCGGCCGCCGCCGCAGCAGCAGCUGCUGCUGCAGCCAAGGAGGACGAGGCCAAGCCGGCGAAGAAGCUCUCCAAGAAGGCAAAGGCCAAGCUGGAGAAGGAGACGCGCGAGCGGGAAGAGCGAGAAGCGAAGGAGAAGGCAGAGAAGGAGGCAGCCGAGGCUGCCGCCGCUGCAGCCGCUGCUGCAUCUACGCCGGCGCCCAAGAAGAAGGGCAAGACGAAGAAGCAGCGCGAGGCCGAGGCUGCGGCUGCAGCGGCAGCGGCUGCGGCCAAGGAAGAUGAGGUCAAGACUCCAGCUCCUUCGGGCCCGCGCAGCUCAGAGGCGCCGGAAUCGGCCAGUGCCAAGAAGAAGACGCCUGCGUCGGCAGCGCCGAAGAAGGUGCCGCCGAGCAAGAUGCCCAAGGCCAAGAAGGCCGCCGCCGCUGCUGCUGCCGCUGCUGCAGCUGCGGCUGCCGCUCCGGCAUCGACGACGAGCGCGACGAUGCCGGGCUCCAGCAACGCCGCCUCGCCUGCCACGACGAUGGCCGGCACGCCGCAGAUGGCCUCGCGCAUCCCGCCCGGCGCCGCAGGACACAUGGGCACGCCGCUGCAGAGCCAAAUGUCGCCGCCGCCGCCGACGCACUCGCAGCAACAACAGCAGAGCCAGCCAGGGCAGCACGGCGCCAUGCCCUCGGCCGCUCCGACGCCCCGCAGCAUGCAUGGCUCGCCGCCGCAGAGUGCGGCCAUGAUGCCGGGCCUCAGCAUGCAGCAGCAACAGAUGCAGGCUAUGGCUGCGGCCAUGGCGCAGCAGCAACAGCAGCAGCAAAACGGCCAGCAGAACUAUGCGCAGAUGCAGCAGCAGCAACACUCGAUGGCGCAGCAUCUCCAGCAGCAGCAACAGCAGGUGCAGCAGCAGCAACAGCAGCAGCAGCAGCAUCACACGCCGCAGCAACAAUCUGCGCAGCCGCCGCAGCCUCGUCCGACGGGCGCACAGCAAAUGACGCCGCAGCAGCGCGCGCUCAUGCUCUCGCUGCACCAGCAGCUCAACGCCAACAACAUCCACGGCGGCAUGGCCAGUCUCACCGACGCGCAGAAGCACGCCAUCAUGCAGCAGGCCGUGCUGGCCAGUCGGCAGAUGCAGGCUCAGCAGCAGCAGCAGAUGCAAUCGCAGCAGCAGCAGCAGCAGCAGCAGCAGCAGCAGCAGCAGCAGCAGCAGCAGCAGCUCGGUCAACAAACUCCGCAGCAGCAGAGUCAAGGCCAAGGCCAAGGCAUGCCGCAGAUGAACGGCCAGCUGCUCGGGCAGAACGCGCUCAACGGCGGCGCCUUUUCGAUGCAGUCGUCGCACUCGCAGCAGAUGCUUUCGCUCCAGCAGCAGCAGCAGCAGCAACAGCAAGCUGCGGCGCAGUAUCAGGCGCAGCAGCUGCAGCAGCAGCAGCUUCUGCACAACCUCGGCAUUCCUCAACAUCUGGGCACGCCGAACGCGAAGCAGCAGCAGCAGCAGCAGCAGCAACAGCAACAGCAACAGCAGAUGGGCAUGCAGGGGCAGAACGGGCAGAUGAACCUCGGCGAUCCGCUCGGCAUGGGCAUGAACUGGAACAACAGCCUCGGCUGAGCGGGGCACACGCGCACUGCGGUCGUUGGCGUCUCUUUCAUCUCGCACAUGCUGCCCACCAUCCUGGCUUGCGCUGCAUCCGUCUCUCUCGUCUUCCUGCACGCCAUACCCCUGUAGC